GUCAGUAAAAUAUAGCUUGAGGUAUAGAUCAGACCUGUACUUUGGACUUUGGAAUCAUUCAAUUUCCAGUUGUUUUUUCUUUGCUUUAUCCCACAGUGUACAAUGCAGAACAGGGAAGUAGACAGGCUUCGCAGACUAUCUCAAGCUGAAACUAUAAACGUUACAGAUGUCCGUGGGGAUGGCAACAUUACCGUCACAGCUGGCAGUGGCAGUACCAUCAUCAUACCUACAUGUUGUAGUUGUAACAAAGGAGAAGACCACAAAGGUGCCGGCUGUGGCACACUUCUUCCAGUCUUGCCCAAACCAGUCAGCAAGCCUCCGCGACUGAACACCAAAACUGAGAAAACUUGUCACAUGUACAUUGACAACUUGGCCAUGCUAACUGUAGAGGGAAAGAUCCCAAAAUGCCGCAAAGUCAUUGCUAAGUUGAUGAAAACGAAGACAGACCCGGACUACCAAGUGUCACUCCGACACGCGGCAAGUCUGAAUGCCAUCUACGAGGGAGACUUCAAGAAGGUGAGCCGUCUCCUGCGUGAAGCUAGCGCCAUUCUUCCCGAGACGACAAACGAGACGGAGCACAGGCUUUGGUGGGGGAACCUGAAGUGUCUCGCCAAGUUGAGAGAGGGGAACUGUGAUGUGGGGAUAGUCUUUGCAAAAGAGGCUCUUCCGCUGUUAGACUUGACGCCACCUGGUUGUCUCACAGCUUGGAUGCUCAUCAACCACGCCUUGCUUCUGACUGAGAUCGCCGCAACCCAAGACGACCACGAAGACAGACGAUACCUCGUGAAGAUGGCAGAGAGAGAUUACCAACAGGCCGUCGAGCACGCCGAAUACGAACCCACCAAUCAGAUGCUCCAUUCGCAAACGCGAGUGCCGCAGUUUGCCAAAAUGGGCCUGGCCUUUUUGUACCUUGGUUGUACGUUUGGUACCCUGGUUGACUUCAGUUUGGGAACAACGGACAUUUCCUUAGAAGACAUCAAGAGGGCGCAGAAUUUGAUUGGUGCGCUAGAAAGAGACGGAAUGGUUUGUGAUUCGGGAAGGUUCCAGUUGAUGGUGGCUAAAGUGUGUCUGUACUACAGGCUGGGUAGUUACCAACAGGCCCUGGACUUGGCAAAGGAAGCCAAGGACUUUGCCACCAAACACUCAUUUGGUGGUUUUGUUAAAUUUGCUGACAGCAUUGUACAGUGUUUACAGGAGUAGUGUUUAGGGAUACACUGUGUUUAUAAACUAAGAUUAUGAUCAUAGCACUUCUCAAUCAUGUAAUCGAAAUUCAAUAGCUUUCUGUGUAUAAAAAUACAAUACUGUAACUUACAGUGUACGUCUCUAUAAUAUGACAGCUUUACAUGUACUGUGUA